AUGUAUCACUCAGGAAGGAUUGCGCGUCUUUUAUCCAGACCGCACACUCAGAGCCCUAAAAAUACAGAACUAAAAACGACAUUUGUUCGGCUGAAAUCAUCUGUCACUGCUGCUGCACAAAAAGAAUAUAAGAUUAUUCAAGAUGUGGACAACUUUGUCGACGUCGAAUCCAAGCGCCCAGACUUCGACCACAAAAAACCCAUCGAAGUCACAAAAUCACCAUAUCCAAACUGGAAAUACGGCGACGGAGUUCCAGAUAACGGCGCAAGCAUCGCACAAAAGCAUCAUGAAAUUGACCCAUAUUCACCAACUCGCCCAAUGAUCAACAACUACCGUCUCCUGGUAUCUGGAAUUGCGCCUCGACCAGUUGUAUUCAUCAGUACAGUGAAUAACGCCGGUCAGAAGAAUCUUUCACCAUUCAGCUACUUCCAGAUCAUUGAUCAUGACCCACCUAUGUUUAUUGUGGGGUUUUCCUCUCGACCUGGACGUGCUAAGGAUACGUAUCAAAAUCUCAAGGAAACGGGAGAGUGUGUUAUAAACACCGUCUCUGAGAAUAUGAUCGAAGCUGUGAAUGCUAGUUCCAUCGAUGCGCCUUAUGGUGUUUCCGAGUGGGAAGUUUCGGGGCUUCAUGAGGCUCCUUCUUCGACUGUGAAACCUUCGCGGGUUGCGGAGUCAGUGUUUUGUGUUGAAGGAAAGGUUAUUGAUAUCAAAGAGUUUGCCGAUCAUCAACGACCUGGAAUGAGUAUCGCUGCUACUGUUUUGAUUAAGGCUACUCGAUUUUGGGUUAAGGAGGGGACAGCCGACGUGGACUAUAGCCAUAUUGAUCUGGAUAAGCUGCGACCUGUUGCUCAGCUUGGUGGGGUUUCAUAUGGUCGUGUCGUGUCUACUUUUGAGAGGCCGCGAAGCAAGUGGGAUGUUGAAGUUCCGAAGAGCGAAUUAUUAAUAGGUUUGGAUAAUGCAAAGCCUGAUUUUGCAUAG